AUGGAUCUCAUGAAAAAUGCUGGCCGCUAUACGCGGACCGCUUGCUUCCCCUGCCGCCACAGCAAGAGACGCUGCGACAAGUCUCUGCCGGCUUGCCAGCUGUGUAUCCGGAAAGGGGUCGAAUGCAGCUAUCCAACCCGCCGAGCUCAGAAAUAUGUUGUGCUGCCACAGUCCAGCGAGACGUCCCAAAUCACUGCGCCUAUGAGAGACAAUUCGACAACUAGCGGAGUAACUCGCAGCAGUGAGUCGGCUUCACUGGAGCGAGGAGGAUCCGUGGAAGCGCCACCGGCAACGGACGUCGUUCAGUCGUUUGCUACGGCCACGGCUAUCCAGUUUAUUGCACCUAGGAUUUUCCGCGACGCGCACCUGGAGAUUCCACGUGUAAAUAUUGCAAUUCCUAAAGAUGUUGCUGCUCACGUUGGAGAUUUGGGGCAGAUUCGUGAUAUUUAUGCCACGUUUUCCUCACAGGCCGUGAUAUGGACGCCGGUGAUCUUCCGAAAGAACUUUUUCAACAUUGCGCUCAACCCACUAUCUCCACGACGGGUUGAAGGCGUCUUGAUGUGCUUGUGUAUGAAACUGUACUGCACAUCCGCGCCCUCGUUUGAGGACGACGGAAAAAGGACGCUUUACAAAAUGGCUAAAGAAUUCUACGCUGAGGUGGAAGCCACUGGCAUUAUGUCUGUUUGUAUCUUACAAUCGGCUCUGCUAAUUGCUGUCUACGAGAUUGGGAAUGCAAUCUAUCCGGCGGCAUAUAUGACCGUUGGAAGCUGUGCUCGCUACGGUGUUGCUUUGGGCCUGGAUAAGUUGACGGUCAGCUUGACAGGAGAAGGCAACUUGGGCAAGCCUUGGAUGGAGAUAGAAGAAAUGAGGCGGGUUUGGUGGGGAAUACUCAUAUUAGAUCGGUUUCUCAAUCUCGGAAACCCUUCAAGAUGUCUAAUGACGAAAGAUCCGGCAUAUGAUGAUUACCUCCCAGUGGACGAUCGGACUUUUCUGGAUGCCACAGCAAGGCCCCAAGACAACAUCAAAAUCUCUGCCGCAUUUGCUCUCAGGAUGGGCCCAUUCGCCAGAUUAGCCCAGGCCACGUAUUUGGUGAACCAGGCUCUCAAUCUUCUAUCGCCUCUUCCUAUAGAGGAUGAAGAAGUUGAUUCAUUCGACAUUGGAAAGGAAAGCGCACAGCUACGCCGCACAAUCGAGGCUCUAGUCUAUCUAACCAAGACGGAAUUUGACUUUCGCGAUUUGGUGACUUGCUGUCAAGCUGCGGUCUCGUACUGUGCCAUACUUUUGCUCCAAGAGUACCAUUGGAGACGAAUGCGCAUCACCUCAACCGAAGAAGCAUGCCUUCAUAUGUUUGUGGAGUCGCGACGUACCCUGGAGAAAUUGGCGACGAUGGCCUCUUGUAUGCGGGAAGACGCAGAAGCGGGAAGAACACUAGAUGAGGAGUUUCCAGUGUUUCUCGCACAAGUCAUCUAUCAGGCAGGAUUGGCCACUGUCGAAAUGGGCCAGGGAAAUCCUGAUAAGCAGCUCAGAGAAAGACUAGAUACGUUCAAGUGGCUACUUCGGCACAUACAGCCGAAGUGGCGGGUAGCAGGUAUAUAUCUAUCCAUUUUGCAGUCCAAAGAGGUAAUGCUUGCUGCUGCUAUUUAG